AGAAGUGGCGAGCUAGCGUCGGGCUCUGGCAUUGUAUUGCUAUCAAAACGAUCAAAUGAGGCGAAUUAACUUGGUGGACAGCAAAAGUUAACAAAACAAUUAAAUACUAAAUGCAGAAAGAAAGAAGUGCGAGGGAUGAUGUGCGCUUCUCUUCACAAAAAACAAUGCUUUCAACCCAGGAUGAGGGGGUGGAAGCGAGCCAAUCAUUUUCAACUUUUUUAAACAUUUAGCAGUCUCGUGACAGCGGCGCUACCCUGUCCCAUCAUUAUGUUUGCGCACAGCCGGCGCAGAUUCCAGCGAGACCCUGGCGCACCCAGCGUAAGGCUUCAAAAAAUUAGCCCGGGACACACAGCGUCAUCUCUUCCUUUCAAUUUUUUUGUCCGCACAACAGCCGUACUUUUAUUAUCUUAAUUUUUCGGCAGCAUAAUGGACCAGCUCCAGCCAAGCGACUUUACUCUGCUGCAGCAGAGUGCCGAGCUGAUUGAUCUGUGUGUCGACAGCGCCGAACAACGGGCCGAGCUGGCGCGCAAGAUGGAUGCCAUUACACAACACAUGGACCGACUGCGGGCAACCGUGGCGUCGCUUCCCGGAAUCAGCAUAUCGCAGUUUGACCAGGCGAAAGUGCUGGCGGAGUGCCAAAGCGAUUUGCGUGAAAAGUUAGCAGAGCUCGGUGACUACUCCAAAGGCGCAGACGUACGCGAUGAAAAUGCGGUUGAAUCCACUGUUGUCACAAAGGCACAAUAAAAUGAUGAUGACGUGAGGAGUGUGUGAUUUGAUGAUGAUAUUUACAAAUUGAUUUUUAACUUUUUAAGGCCGCUUCUCCUUUUCCGUUCCUC